AUGCCGUCUCCACAGCCUGUCCUUGUUCUGUCUGACAGUUCCAGUACCGAUGCUGAAAUUGUCCCACCAAGACCAGCUGCCAGACCAAGACAAAGCCAGCAGCGAGGACGGCCGUCUCGGCCUUCCUCAUCACAGGUCCUUCCCGCUGUAGAGUUUCUCACCGAGUCUUCCAGUGAACAGGAGUGUGACCCUGAAGACUCCAGGGUGCGACGUGGAAAGAGAAAGCGAACCAAGGUGGCAGGACUUGCCACCCUGAAGGAUCGAUUGACAAAUGAGGUGCACUGCAAAGCUCUGCUUCUGAGGAAGUGCUUCAGUUGUCGGCGCCGAUGUUUGUCGCGCUUCCUGUCAAAUCACAACUUUCAGAAGUUGAUGGAGUUCAGGAAACUGUGGUCUGAAACCCACAAGCUCGAUCAAGACCGCAUGGCCUUUGACCGCAUGAAAGCCUUGCUUAGCUCUCGAGAUGGUGAUCAUGGUCGCACUGUUGAGUGGACUGUCCUGGGCCACAAAGUCUGCUUGCGGAGUUGGAAGUUGAUUCACGCUAUGGGUAAUGGCCGCUUCGAUCGUUUGUGGCGUGCAGCUCAAAGAGGGGACGCAGGGCCUCCAGCCGAUCUCCGAUUUUUGACACGUCCCAAGAGCGUGGUGUGUGGCGAUUCUGGGAGCGCCAGAGUGAUAUCAUUUCUCCAAACACUCUACGAGUCGGUGGCAGAAACGCUACCUGACAUUAAGGAUGAUCUGAAUGUCGAAACGGUUUUGGAUGAGAAUCGGGCCUUCACUGGGUUCGCAGGCGGUGAUGCCUACUCAGCAUUGAAGCUGUCUUCAAUUUCUCGUGGGCGUGCUGAUGGCUCCAAGCAACGAAGGGUUAGACGAUACAAGCAGGGAUUGAAACUUCACGCGGAGAGACAUCCGGACCUUUCUGGACUGGAGGUGAGAUACCUUCCACCAGGAAACAUGUCUGAGUACUGGGAACAGUUCCGGAUCUUGGAGGGGGCCAUCAGCGUAUCCUUUCCAGUUUUUUGGAGGGUGUGGAGAACGGAGUUUGGGCACCUGAGAUUUCGCCCCACCAGUUCUCAUUCAAUGUGUGCGAGUUGCCUUCACCACCGCCUGCUUUUGAAAGAGCUCAGUCCAUGGAUCCAAGCCAGGAAGAAGCAAGCAUUGCUCUUCCACGAGCACCUCAUGAGCCAAUACAGAGAUCGUCAAACUUACUGGGCGCUGCGAGGUAGCUCGAGGCUGCGGGCUUUGGGCCAAGUUUGCAUCAUUGCAGAUGCAAUGGACCAAGCGAAAUUCUUGUAUCCAAGGACUGUUUUGAUGCGAAGCAAGAACCUGGCCACAUUUCAGCGGCCAAAGCUAAGUAUCGUCGGAUGCUUGGCGCACGGCCACAGUCUCUUAUUUACUGUGAGCAAUGGAAACCAUCCGAAGGAUAGCUCGGCAAUGUCCGAGAUAUUUGCCCACAUGUUGACCAAGUUGUCCAGACUCGGAAUUGUGGCGGGGGCCACAUGCCGACAACUCCGCAGUGGCCACAGCCACGAGGAUAUAGAUCAGAUAUUCGGAAGUAUGGCCCUUUUCUUGGUCAAACAUGCGAAGACAGUUCAGACGCCCGAUGGCUUUUGCGAUGUUGUCAAGCAGUUCUGUACUUCAACCAACCGGCCUUUUGAGAAUGACCGUGAUGUGGUGAAGUUGGAUCAGCACCGCCCAUGGAAAGAUUUCCUGAGUGGCGCGGUGCCUGUCAUGUUACACGGGACCAAGCAGUAUAUGGCAGACCGGGAGUUCAACGCUCGGAUUUUGUUCUACCCGGCCAAGGUUGCCAAAAUCUGGGCUCGAACAGGACAGCCUGCAGGGGUUGCGCCUUUGAAUGAGCUGAGCGAAGAGUACAAAGAUCAUGUGAGAAGGUUCUGCCCAAUCCUGGAGUCCUACAGACUGAAUCAUGCGGCUUCACACUUGAAACAGUGGGUGAACGGAGAGCUCCAGCUGGCGCCGUUGCUGGAUACGUGCUCGCUGCCAGCAUCUUCUAGCCUAAGGGCUUCAAGUUCAAGCGGAGUUGAUCGAGUGCAGGCCUUCGAGCCUAAGCCAAACAUUCUUAAGAUUGGCAAAGGGCCUGACGACAAGAAGAAUGCGGACAAGUACACCGCGCGUGCAAAGCAAUCCAUCGUGUUUCAAGCAGCGUCCCAGGCAUGGGCAUCAGGGGGUCCUGGAGCCCUGCCGGUGGUGUCGGCUUUGUCCAUUUUGUUAGAAAGACUUUCUGAGAAAGGUUUGCUAAGGAUCUCCAACAGUGUCAAGUGGCCCAUCGGUGUGGAGCAGCUCAAAAUUGCGUGGCGCCCUUUGAUCGAGAGUGCAGUUUCAACAGCUUCUGCUUUGAUGGGGAGUCGUUUCGAGUCUCCGCCGAAGAGAGACUUCUUCAAGGCCAUCAUCGUCAAAGUGCCUCACGGAGCUUGUGGACAGUUACCAGUUGUGGAGCCGGCAGUCCAGAUCGAGUUCUUCAGAAAAACCUCUAUGGCGAGGCAAUGGCUCUGCUUCGAUUUCAACAAGCCAGUUGAGGUGCCCGAGUCGCCCCAACUUCCAGCGGCUCACGAUGAACAAUCUUCGUCAGGGAGUUCUGACACUUCAUCCUCCUCGGACUCCUCCGAUUCAGAGGUUUCCAAAGAGGUUUCAGCACGGGCAGCAAAACGCCCUAAGAUGGUGGUUCCUAUGGACGAGCCAGACGAAGUGAUGGUUGCGUCUGUUUCCUGUGUUCAACACGCAAUGAUUGGCACAACAAAAGAUUGGUUCCCCUAUUACCAAGGGCGACACUACCAAGCCGCUUGUGGAGCCCGCUUGGAUCCGGAUCGGGCUCGAUUUGCCCACAGUGCUGACCCUAGCUUAUUACUUGCCCUUGCACAUCAGCUCACACAGAAGAAGGACUUCAAGUGGCUUCCUUGGAAAUUCCGCAUGUCAAUGUCUCGUUCAGAAGACAUGGCCAUGAGCAGGGCAUCCAAAGCCCCGCGCUUAGAAAACCUGCAGCUUCACCAGCUAUUGAUUGAUGAAGACUCAGGUUUACGAGCUCCCAAUAUGUUGGAAGCCCAGCAGGCCGAUAAAACCAUUUGGUAUCACAUUGCCGAACUUUGUGAAUCUUCCACAUGGUCAUUGGAUGAUGCACUUUUGGAAUUCACUCAGAACAGAGGGGAUCUAGCCACACUCCUGCAGCCCAGACCACGGUUUCAAAAGAUUGCGCAAGCUCCAGCCAACGUUCCUAGCAAAGGCAACAAGGGUCCCAAAGGUGGCUCCAAAGGCGCAAAGUCUUCCAAAGGUGGCUCCAAACCGGGCGUCCGAUGGCUCUCCGAGGCGCAUCCCUCUAUUGCAGGAGUCAAAGAUGAACAUGGCGUCUAUUUGAGCAGACGAUCAGCGGCCUAUCCUAAGGCACUUGCAGAGCCGGACAAAGAAGAUCUUGCUGCACCAGAUCUAUCCAUCCAUUUGACAAAUUGGAAGAGCGCAGAGGAUCACCCUGAUGUCACACAACAACUGGUGGACGAAGAGAUCUCCAAGGGUUGGCUCAUUUGUUUUGAUGGCAGUGUGGAAGAUGCCAAACAACGUUGGCCGCAUGGGGUUGCCAUAGGCAAACUUGGCGUUGCCGUCUCGGAUUCACGACCACCUCGGUUAGUCGUUGACUAUACAGUAUGCGGAACAAAUCCCAACUGCAACAUUCAGGAGCAUCAACAACUGCCCAGCGCUAAAGAGGUGCAGCGCUGCUACCCUUUAAGGGAACAUUCAGAGGAGCUGGGCGCCCUAGGCCUAGAUGCCAAAUCUGCCCACAAAUUGUGCGUCAUCAAGGAAGAUCAUCGUGGAUUAGUGGGCUUCAGUCUGAAUAACAAGUUAUACUUUUACAAGGUCUGCCCCUUCGGAGCCAAGUUCUCCGCCCAUUGGUGGGGGAGGUUGGGGGCCUUUUGGACACGGCUCCUACAUCUGGUAAUCUAUGUGGCUCACUCCUUAUUUCUAUUUGUCGAUGAUUGGCUUUUGGUUCAACGUAUGGAUAUUCUCCCCGUCACUGCAACUUUAGUGACACUUGUCAUUCAAGCUUUCCGAUUGCCCAUCAGCUGGCGCAAAGCAGAGUUGGACAGGGAGGUCAGUUGGAUUGGCUGGAACCUAAAUUUUUCCACCGGUCUCAUCCGAUUGCAGCAUGCCAAACGUGACAAGCUAUUGAAACUAAUUGCAGACCUGCUCCAGCGCCCCAAGACCUCUAAGAAACAAAUUGAGAAGUUUGUGGGUUUGCUCCUCUGGGUAACGCAAAUCUUUCCUGUCAUGCGAGCAUUUAUUCAUCACUUAUAUGCAGACUUGUACAAGGCCCCAGCCACUCUUUUUUCGGUGGACCCUGGGUACUGGUUAACCACAAUAGCCUGCUUGUCUGACAACCUUCAAUUCACGAUCAGACCAGUGGGUACAGCCAUACCCAUUGGCGGCAAGCUUUUAUCAGUGCGUCAUCAACCAGUUCAAUCCCUGGAGGAUGUUAGAAACUGCCGUUUAUCCGACAAGCGGAUCUGGUUACGAAUCCUUGACCCGACUUCCAAUAAACGAUCACUGAGCACCAGCUCUCAAAGGAUUCUACGUAUGUACCAAGAAUGGCUUCAACAUGCAACUCCUUUCGUUUCAAUGAAUCCAAAAUUGCCAUGGGCGGGUGAGGCAGCCGCAGACGCUUGUGCCCAUGGAGAUUGCUGCCAAGUUGGAGGUUUCUUACGUUUCGCCAAUGGAGAUAUGAGAUGGUUCAGUGAGCAAUGGUCAUCCGCAGAUUUUCUAGCCCUGGACAUCCCUGUCAAUUCAGAUAUGCAGAAAGAUAUCAGCUCAUAUGAAACUUUUGCACAAUUCUGUUUACUUUACGCUCUGUGCUAUUUUCUUCCUGGCCAGCGAGUUUCCAUUACACUAAAAAGCUUGAGUGACAAUACUGCUGCCGAAGCCAAUUCAAAUUUUUUAUUUACCACCAAAGCUCCCUUGUGCUAUUUUGUGGAACGAUUGUGUAUGUUAAUUUCAACAGUUCAUGCAGAACUCGAUGUCAGCCACAUCGCGGGACAUUCCAAUGACCUUGCUGACCGCAUUUCCAGAUUGCCUUUGGAGGAUCCAUUACCUCCUGAUUUGAAAGCAUCCGAACGCAUCCGUCUGCCUCUUUCCGAGAUUUGGUUUCCAUUUAAUACGCCAACUGUAUUCCCGAAGGGAUCCAAAGUGGCUUGGAAACUUCCAGUUUCACGCUUCUGA